GUAGUGGAUGUACUUAUGUCUAAUUUGUAAAUAAGGUUAGAUAUAUGGAUGUAUUAGUUAGUGAUUCUGUAGGAAAGCAUGGAGCAAAUUGAUGGCAGUGAUAGUCUCUUAACACCAUUCUUCUGUUCUGUAAUGGAUUCAAAUUCAAGUUUUGUUCCUUUAAUACUCUAGUACUGUGCUCUGAACUGUAGAGUGGUAUUAUAUUGCUGAUUGUUUAUAGAAGUUAUCCAAGGCUUCAAAAUACGGACCUGCUAGGUAAUUUUUUGUAUUAUUGAGGAACACAGACGAAGAUCUCAGGAGAAGAUGCGCAGCAGUAGAGACCAUUUUUAUUUGCAGAAGCUUCUUUUGCUAUUGGAAAACUCGAUGAUAAACUCAGGAUAACUAGAGAAUUCAAGUAUCUAUUCCCGUACCAGUCUCCAGUUUCUUUGCAUCUAUGUUGGCAUAGGAAACAUAAACCCUGAGCAUUUCUGGACACCACAUGUGACAAUUGUCUAUGCAAACAUGUUUUGACUAGAUUUUACAGACCAUAGUGGUGCCAUCUGAGAAAGCAGUCAUUGCAUAAGUGAUGGUAAUGGUCGCUACUAAAUUUAAUGAUUGGAUAUCAUUUGGCAUGGGGUUGGGCAGGCAUGCAAGUUAACCAAUUUAUGAAGUCACUUACGCAAGCUGGCAUAUAGCUGUUCAUCAUGUUCUUCGGAGUAAUGAUUGAGGAAUGUCACACGUGCAGUGCCCACAUAUCGAGGUACAUCCUCGAUAUAGGGUUUGAUGGUAGCUUGGGGUCUAGUUUAAUUUUAACCCCAUUUAUAGUGUGUGCUGAGGGCCCUUGAAAUUCAAGAGCUUUCUAAAGUGAAGAAAUCAGAAAAUAACUAGAACUUUAAAAAAAUUUUCUAGUUUUGGUUGCUAAUGUCAGGUUUGAUGUACAGAGUAGAAAACGAUAAAAGUGAUAAAAUCAUUUUUUUCUUCUGUGCUUCCACCGUCCGUUUACACCCUCUUACGCUUUGGUUACUCCGCACUCUUUAUUUUUUUGUUGGGUGAAUCCUCUUUCUCAAUUGCAGGGUAUCAGAAUCGAAGUCAAGCAAACCUUAAGGCAGCAAUCCAUUUGUUUUGACGUUGGCAUCGAAGAAAAUAAGGUGCUAGAGCUAAGUUUAGAACUGCUGAACAAACACUUACGAAUUUCCUGUUCAGUUCAGUUCAGUCCCUUCGGGGAGCAAUAAUGUAACGUAGACGAAUUAUUUAGG